AUGUCUACGCCAUCAUUAAAUUCUAAAUUUGAAAAAACAGCCCAGUGGAAUGAUCAUCAUGUUCAAGUUACCUUCAAAGUUAAAGCAGCAAGCAUUGUCGAAGGAGCUGGUGCAGUAGCUGUCAAGGCUUUAAAAUGUGUGAUAGCUGGUAGAGAAAACAAGGAGAUAAAAGCAGCAGUCACAAUUUCCACAACAAUUAAUAUAUAUUACCUUGAUGAAUCUGAAGUGCUUACACCAGCUGACGAACAACAUCACAUUAACAAAAAUAAUUACAAAGUUCCAUUUGAAACUGCCGAAUUGAAAAGGCUUCCAGCACCUGCAAAUACUGCAAUGAUGACGCAACUUGGAUGUGAUGGUGUGUUUGUUGGUUCCGGAAUAUUCAAUCUAGUAAAAAAAGAGCCAAAGCAAUUAUAG